AUAGUCGCAAUCAUUCCUGCAGAUAAAUGAAUUGAAAAGACAACACAGUCCAGCCCUGAUGAAUGGGGGAGAGGAGGAGGGGGCGCGGUCACAUGGCACAGGAGCUGCGGCGCUCAUUGGUUGGGCCCCUUUUCCCCCCCAGUAACAUCCACUCACCAAAUAACAAUCCACGGUGCAGGGCCCACGCUUCUAUUGGCCUCUUUGCAUCAUCAAUCCCAGAUAUUGUGAGAUUGCUGACUGUGGAUUUGGUUAAAAGGCUGAAUAACAGCAAAACAAAAAAAGUUGAGGAAGAGAAAACAAGGAGCUGCCGUGUAGAGAGUCGAGGCACGUUCUGCAGCCACAUACUGCAGUAAUGGGAAGCAAAUGUGUCAGAUUGUCUUUGUUAACGUGGGCACAUUGGAUGUUAAAGAAAACACUUUGGUGGUUUAAUUUGUUCCUUUUUUUGUAUGUGAGAACUCAAACAUGAUAUAUUAGCCUCACUAUUUGUCUGCUGAAAGAUCAAAAGGCUAACCCUUGUUUGAAUGAUACAAAAAGAGAAAACCACAAGAUUAAAUUAGGACAUUUUCUUAAUUUUUCUGGGUGGACAGGAUUGUAAACAAUCAUUAAAGCAUUCAAAGGUGCACGCUCAUUACGCACGUCAUGGCAUGCGUGUUCAUGCACACACCACUUCUCCAUCUUUCCCCCAGAACCCAUCACGGUAAAACCUUGAUGUUUGAUAUAUAAAGUCUGCACACUGUCAUCACUCUCUUUUAUGAACUUAUAAAGAAUCCACAUUACAUUUUGUUUUCUCUCUCUGUGUGUUUUGCAGCCCUGCAUUUCUCCUCGUGAACACAUUGUUACAGCUCACACCAGUGCAACAUCUGGGCUUUAGAUUUCCACAUCAUCAUUCUCACCACCAGCAGCAGCCCACGCUCACAACAAGGGUUAUCUUCAAUAUCUUGGACACUUUCUGACUUGGAUCUCCUUGUAUCCAUAAUGUACUCUGCUCUGCUUGUGCAACUUACUCGUUUUAUUUUUUAUUAUUUGCAGGUCAGUGAUGCAUGGCCUGUGUGCAAGACGUUGUGGGUUGUCGACGUUAUCAAGUGGGAUUUGCGGCGCUCUCUGCAGGAACCUCCGGCUGCUAGAGUUCAAAGCCACAUGCACAGACCGUGCCAUGCAAACCAUUAAAAAUAUCUUCUUGGCUACUAGGCUAGUUUCUUACAAGGCAUUCUCCAAGUCAGUCUUAAGGAGACCAGGCAAAGAGGGGAGGUUUUGGUGUUCUCAACAUAACAAGUAGACCUACAACUUGAGCUGGAGGUUUUUUUUUUAGGCAGUUCGCUGCUUUACUUUGCAAACUUUGGAGGAAUCUUUCAACAGGUGGAAAACGGUAAGAAUGGCAAAUCAUUGACGAGGUCAAUCAGGUCCUAUAAUCAGCCUUGCACCAUGCAAAUAAAAAUUGGAAUUUGUGAAAAUAAAAAUAGUUCCUAGAAUUGUGCACAACUGAGUGCGUUUAAAGUUGAUGUGCGUAAAAUGACUCUAACUUUUAUUUCCAUUCGUAAAAGUAAAAAGAAAUGUGCCUUAAUUAAAAUUAAAUGACAGUUUAGGGAUAAAACAUGUCCAGAGUCUUACUUUAGGAUUUGAAAUGAUUACCAGGAACUGUUUAGGAUUUACAGUGAAAGCCACUCAGCCAGAUUUUUACGAGUCCUCUCUCCAAUAUUCAGCUUUUUUUCUUCUUCGUUUGUUUAGGAUCUAAGGCUUCUCUCUCAGUCAAGUAAAACAGGGCAGUAGUUUAAGUGCGUGCACAACUUGGGACCAGAAAUAGCACUUCAAAGUUUUGCAUUACGCUGGUGCUGUGAUGCCUCUGAAGGCUACAGCUGUGAGCCUCAUGAACCCCCACGCGAAAAGGCCAUUUAAUAAACAUCUUUUGGAUCCGUCAUGUCUCAAAAUAUUGACUCCAUUUCUAACGUGCUGGAUGUGACGCUGUCAGCGGCGAUGUUGACAAGUCAAUUCACAGGAGUAACCCCGGGGGGAAGUAGUUUCUGCAUUCUUUUUUUUGACUCAUAGAAAACAUAAAAGAAGAAUGAACGGAAUUCCCAUCCAGAGUAUGGACUUAAACACUUUGGUGUAAGAAAACCAAACUUUCUCUUUUUUUUAGUAUGUCUUGUCUGUUUUCUCACCAACGAAAAAUAAAAGAGUAAAAGAGUGUGAGGAGGUCAAGUCACUGAAUAUUUAAUGUACGCGCGUGUGUCAGUCUCUCUCUGUGCGAGUGUGUGUGUGUGUGUGUGUGUGUGUGAGACAACUCCUGCAGUGAUUUUUAAGUUAUUUUAAAAGGAUUACAAAGUACAACAUAAAUAAUCAUUUUUUUUAUUUGACACCAUGGUGAUCCACACUGCACGUGACCUUUAAGGUCACUACAAAGAUUAACAUCACACCACCUAUCCUCUCAAAAUCUGAAUCGACUGUAAACGCAGAUUUCGUUGCAAUGUAAAAAGAUGAAACACGAAAAUGUAUCAGUCCAAACUCUUAAUUAUAAUAAUAAUAAUAAUAAAACUAGUUCAAGACAGCAUGCAACUCAUUCCCUGACUGCAGUAUUCAGACAAAUUAAUUCAAAAUGUCCAACACGCUGAAGAAUAAAACGCAUCACCUGUAAAACAAACAUGUCGGAGCAUUUUGAUAAACACACUCACAUGUUUUUCUGAUAGUUUUAAAAGAACAAGUCAUGUGAACAAAAAUAUCUUUGACUGUGAAGAUUAAACACAGAACGCUUUAUAUUUCUUCUACGGCAGAUUAUCUUCCAUAACUUAUUUUUUUCUUUACAGCACUCAAAGCAAAAAGCAAACUCCUCUCUUAGCCUAUCAUCCUCGAUGGAACAAGAUUUGUAGUAACCGAUACUCACUGGUUUUAUUUUGAGCUUAAGUCUGCAACGGCACCAACUCCCGUGACCCUCAUCUGCUGCCGUCCUGGGUCUAAAGCAAAAUUACCCCGGAUCAUAACAACAGGUCCCGUCCAUUACAUUUUUUUUUCUCUCUCUUCGGGACAAUGGCCGCAGCUCGCCCCGUUCACACUUCCUACACACGCGGAUCCCACCGAGCAGAGCACCGAGUCAACGCCGAGGAAGACGCGGCAGGGCAAACGACUCGAGAUGCAAAUCUGGGAGUUUUAUAAAAGCGCAUAUUAAUGGUAUGUACCCCGGACUAUAUGAAACUCCCACGUGGAGCUUUCCUUCGCUACAGUGGAGAAGUCUUUCUCCGCUCGACGCCGAUCUUUAACGUGCGUAAAGUUGUGCGUAAAGUUAUUCUUCACGCGUAGCAGGGCAUAAUGAAGAUAUCACUGCAUUAUUUAUGAUCCUUAAACUUUAAUACUGACGAUAUGCAUGCUCUUGCAAGGCGGUCUGUGUUGUAAUAGCAUAAUCAACGUGGGGGGAAAUUGCUGUUUCAUGGCCGCGCAGCUUUUGUUCGCUGCGACAAAAGAGAGAGGAUUGUAUAUCUGGAUCAACUUUUGGAGACUUUUAUUGUACAAUAACCUUUGCAUAACAACUCUUUUUUCUCAAGCGUUGCCUGAGGCACUGCGCAUGCGCACUGGCCGCUCGCUGUCACUAAGACAUUUUUCUUCACGUUGGAAACUGUCACUGGUGACGUCAAUCACCGGGCUCUGACCAAUUAGAGCGCAGGGUGAUUGUUUAGCUCCACGGGCUGCAGCGCCUACCAUGAAUCUCUAUUCAGUAUCAAAGCGUCCUGCUGCUGCCUCUCAACCGAAUGGGAUUCCAUGUAGUCUGCAGAUAGACUUAACUUUAAAAAGUCUUUUUUUUUUCUUUAUUUUUCACUGCGAUUAAAAUAUAUUUGUCAUCAUCAUUAUUAUUUUGCCUGCUGUCAAGUUAUUCUAAAAUUAGGAAGUAAUGAGCGUGGAUGCACUGGGAAGCCCCGUGAUGGACCCUACGUUUUCCAAACGGAACACGGCGCUGAGAUUAGUUGACUUGGCAGGGGCUCACCACCAUCACCAUCAUCACCACCAUACCCCUCAGAGCGUGACAGGCUUCCCGGGGUUCAGCAGCCAUCCACACUCAAUGGCUCACUCGCACCCUGGGGAGAUUACUGCGGAACCCCGCCUGGGGCCGAGUCCAUUCGGGCCAGAACACAUGGGGCACUCCGCGGCCCUCAAAAUCAGCCCAGCCCAUCAUUAUCCCCACCACCAUCACCACCACCACAAUCAUCAUAUGGCAGGCCACAGUGAAGUGGUCUCCAGUCAAACGGGAGCUUUUGGCCCGGUUCAGGCGACAUCCGUGCCCUAUUCUAUGUCUCACACGGCCCAGGCUCUAUCCGCAGGUAGGGAUUUCCUCAUCCGGAGAGAUCUGACAGCUCAAGCCAUGCCAGUGCUGACUGACCAGACUGCUGGUUCAGCCUCUCACCACGGAAUGUUUGUCUCAACAACAGGUAGCUAUCCCGGACACUAUGGUCACCACCCUGACGCUGGGAACCAUACCCUCUUCUCCGGACUCCACCACGACCAGCCUUCUAGCGGAUCACCGGGUGGCCAAGCGUUGAAUGGACAAAUAAGGUUAGGACUACCUGGAGAAAUGUACGUUAGGUCUGAUCACUUGAGUCAAGUGGCAAGCUCCAGGGCUGAUCCGUUUUCAGCCUCGCCGUUGCACGGCUACGGUGGACUGAAUCUGAACAUGAAUCUGAGCGCUCAUCACCACCACCACCACCACCACGGAGCCGGCGCGUUUUUCCGCUACAUGAGGCAGCCGAUAAAGCAAGAGCUCAUCUGCAAGUGGCUGGAGCCGGACCACGCUCCGAAGAAACUCUGCUCCAAAACUUACAGCACCAUGCACGAACUGGUAACGCAUGUGACGGUGGAGCACGUCGGAGGACCCGAGCAGGCGAAUCAUAUCUGUUUUUGGGAAGAGUGUCCGAGGGACGGCAAACCCUUUAAAGCCAAGUACAAACUUGUAAAUCACAUCCGAGUACACACCGGGGAGAAACCGUUUCCGUGCCCGUUCCCUGGCUGUGGGAAAGUGUUCGCCAGAUCCGAGAAUCUAAAGAUCCACAAAAGGACUCACACAGGUGAGAAGCCCUUCAAAUGUGAGUUCGACGGCUGCGACAGACGCUUCGCCAACAGCAGCGACCGGAAGAAGCAUUCCCACGUCCACACCAGCGACAAGCCCUACAACUGCAAAGUGCGAGGCUGCGAUAAGUCCUACACACACCCCAGCUCCCUGAGGAAACACAUGAAGGUGCACUGCAAGUCCCCGCCGCCCAGCUCGGGCUACGAGUCCUCAACCCCGUCCCUGGUCUCCCCCUCCUCAGACUUGGGCCGAGAGCCAGGGGCCUCCUCGGUGCUGUCGGAGCCGGCGGGAGCCUCCUCCCAGCCCGCCAAUUUAAGCGAGUGGUACGUGUGCCACAGUUCAGGUGCCAGCGGAGCCCAGACACCGCCCAGUGGGGCCUCCACACCAGACCCAGCAGAUGAGCCACCGUACAGGAACCCGGAACCGAGGGACGCGUUUUAACCGCACUCAGACUCGGUGCCAGUGGUGACAGAACACAUUUCCAAAAGCUCAACUAUUAAAAAUGGUUUGGCUUUGUUGCCUAAAUAUGCCAGCAAAGGCCCACUGGUCCCCCCUCUCUUUUUUUUGGAUGAGCCACCAAACAGACACCCAGAGCCAAGAGACGCAUUGAAACCCACAUUGAAGGGGGAAACGUGUAAACCUUAAAGACGUGCUAAUUUCCAGGCACAAUAAAAAGAAUAUAUUUUGAAACCUCAGCGAUUGAAACGCUUGGCUCAGUGCCUGUUACGGCCCAACUGGCCCACUUGUGAGGGGGGGGAGUCGUGUAAAUCCGUCCUAGACGAUGUGGUACUUUAUUGUAGGCUAGGCAUGUUGGUGUCAAAUGAUUUUUGUAAAUUACGAGUUUUGACUUCGAUAUGUUUUUAUUUAUUUUUCAAACCUGAUCUCUCGGAAGAAUUUUUUUGUAUGAUCGAACCAAAGUGCAUGUUUUCAAUUUGGGGCAAACUUGUACAUUUUGUUAAUUUUUGUAACUCUCUAUGGCUGUGUUGAUGUUUUGUAAAGGAUCUUCACGUUUACACACUUUUCAUUUUUUCAUUUGUGCAGAGGCUCAACAAACAACUCAACUGUUUUUUCAGACGCCUGCAGUGUUUGAUAGACGAGCGUUACAAACUCUACAUGUUUGAUCCAAGUGGGCAUUUUGUGAUUUUUGUAUCAUUGUCGUCAAUAUAUAAAUAUAUCUAUAUAUAUUUUUUUUCUUUUUUGAAUAUCUGAAAAACGAGCGGCACUCAAACUGCGUACCGAACUGCCUUGUUAUAUGUGAGUAUUUUGAAUAAAUCUUGUAUGACUAAAAAUGAA